CUGACUCCUGUAAAGAUGGCGACGACGGUGCUCAGUGGAGUUUUAACUUGACACUGCUCUCACCGUACACCGCUGGUUCGGGCACCAUCGGGACUGAAUCGGCAGCGGGAGCGGACGUUAAUCGACUCGUUCGGUGCUGUGUGGUGUCACCGCGGGGGCUGCUCGCCUUUGUGUGCGGUAUCGCCGCUGCACUCGCCUCGCUCAGCUCAUUAGCUUCAAGUUGGCAAGCCAGCAGCGCUAGCUCGGGGCUAGCUGUGUACCUCCGUCGGCUGCUUUGAAAUUUGAGGCAUCCAUGGAUUGAUAGCCUGGCCGGGGUCAUCGCUGGACCGCCUGUAUCUAAUCAGAGUUUUAAUUUACACUGAAAGAGCCACAAAUGAGUCGCUUGGAUUAAACAUAGUCCAGGAGGAUUAAGGGGCACCGACGGUCUGGCAUUGCGACACUGUUGUGGCAGUGUCGAGGCGCAGAGAGUUUGCCGUCAUGUAUUUUCUCACCGGUUGGCCCCGGAGGCUGCUUUGUCCACUCAGGAGCGAAGAGGAACCCUUCUUCAUCCAGCCCAGCUCCCAGAAGUUUUACUUCGCCGUAUUGUCAGAGACGCAGCUCAGCGUCUGGUUCAGCCGGCCCAGUGUUCUGAUAGUCAGCUAUAUUGAGUCUGCAAAGGCGGCAACCCAGUUUGGAUUCUACCAGAAGGCAGAAUGGAAACCAGACGACUCCAUGAUAGCCGUGGUGACUGCCAAAGGAUACAUCCUCCUGUUUGAUGUGCUGGGUGCAAGAGAUGACAAGUACCUCUAUGAGCCUGUCUAUCCAAAGGGAAGUCCCCGUGUGAAGGUGACCCAAGGUUUUAAGGAAGAGCAAUGUGCUCCCGCUCUGUCGUUGGAGAUGAAGAAGCCUGUGGAUCUUGAGGCCCCCAUCACCAGUCUGCAGUCCCUCCAGGAGGACUUACUGGUUUGUACGGCGGACGGCUACCUCCACGUGCUGCACUGGGACGGGCUGGGGAGUAACGGACGCAAGGCAAUCUGCCUCACUACCAUCCCCUUCUCACUAGACCUGCAGUCGGCUCGAGGUGGACCUUCUCUGGACCUGGAGGGGGUGUAUAUCCGUUGCAUGGAGUACUGUGUGACCCUGGACGGCUUUGCUGUGGUUCUGAGUGAUGGCCGCCUGGGUUUUAUUACACCUCUCAGCAACACCAUCACCACAGACCAGUUGCAGGGCGUCUGGGCAGCAGAUGUCACCGAUGGCACCUGUGUGGCUGUCAACAACAAGUACAGACUGAUGGCCUUUGGCUGCGCCAGUGGCUCAGUGCUGGUGUACAUGAUCGACACCACAACAGGAUCCAUGCAGCUCUCUCACAAACUGGAGCUCACCCCAAAACACUACCCAGACACCUAUAACAAGACGGGCCCAGUCAAGCUCAUCUGCUGGUCACCUGACUACAGUGUUGUGAUGGUCACAUGGGAGCGUGGUGGACUAUCGCUGUGGAGUGUCUUUGGUGCUCACUUGAUCUGUACUCUCGGAGAGGACUUUGCGUAUUGUUCUGAUGGUACCAAGAAGGACUCCAUUAAAAUCAGCUCUAUGAGCUGGGGAGCGGAGGGGUACCAUCUGUGGGUGCUUCCUAACAAGCAGGAGAGGAGGCAGGACGGAGAACAGCUGGAGGAGGAGAUGGUUGAGCCUCCUCAUUCCUCCCUGCAGGCUGGCAUACUGCAGUUUCUGUUUAUCAAGAGUGCCCUCACUGUCAACCCCUGCACGAGUAACCAGGAGCAUGUGUUACUCCAUGGUGAAGACCGCCUCUACCUGACCUGUGGUGACCCCACACAGGUCCACAGCACCUCCGACUCGCACUCGCACUCGCAUCCACACCCACACUCACAACCGCACCCACGCGACGGCAGCCCACUGCGCCACCCCCCCAAACCCGACUCAUCUCUCUCUCAGGGACUCAGCACUUUACUGGGGCACAAGCACUGGCACGUGGUCCAGAUCCACAGCACAUACCUAGAGAGCAACUGGCCUAUACGGUUUUCAGCCAUAGACACAGCAGGCCAGUGCAUGGCUGUGGCAGGGAGGCGAGGCUUUGCACACUACUCCUUGUUCACCAGGAAAUGGAAGCUGUUUGGAAAUAUCACUCAGGAGCAGAACAUGGCAGUGACGGGAGGUCUGGCGUGGUGGAACGACUUUGUGGUUCUGGCCUGCUACAAUUUUAUAGACCAUCAAGAGCAGUUGAGGCUCUAUCAACGCACUUCUAACCUGGACAAUGCCUUUGCCUCGGUCACGAAGCUAGAGUCAGACACUCUGCUGCUCAACGUCUUCAGAGACAUGGUCAUCCUGUUCAGAGCCGAUUGCUCCAUCUGCCUCUAUAGCAUCGAGAGGAGGAACGACGGUCCAACACCAUCAGCCAGUGUGGAGUUGCUGCAGGAGGUCUCGAUGUCCCGCUACAUCCCCCACCCGGCCCUCGUGGUCUCUGUUACACUGACAUCAGUGCGCACGGAGACUGGCAUUACGUUGAAAGCCCCGCAGCAGGCCUGCAUGGCAGAGAGCAUCAUGUUGAAUCUGGCUGGCCAGUUGAUCAUGUUACAGAGGGACCGUUCCGGUCCACAGGUACGAGAGAAGGAGACUCCUGCUAAUAACAAGAAGCUGCUACCAUUUUGCCCACCAGUCGUGUUAGCCCAGUGUGUGGAGAACGUGUGGACCACCUGUCGCUCCAACAGGAAGAAGCGCCACCUGCUGGAAGCCCUGUGGUUGUCAUGUGGGGAAGCCGGCAUGAAAGUGUGGCUGCCGCUGUUCCCCCGGGACCACCGCAAGCCUCACUCCUUCCUCUCCAGGCGCAUCAUGCUGCCCUUCCACAUCAACAUCUAUCCUCUGGCUGUGCUAUUUGAGGAUACCUUGGUGCUCGGGGCAACCAAUGAGACUGUGCUCUACGAUGGGCUGCAGGGAUCCACAGAGUCACUGGAGGCGCUGUUCCCCUACUGCACCGUCGAGAGGACCUCCCAGAUCUACCUCCACCACAUCCUGAGGCAGCUGCUGGUUCGGAACCUGGGUGAACAGGCGUUGAUGCUGGCUCAGUCAUGUGCCUCCCUUCCCUAUUUCCCUCAUGUCAUGGAGCUGAUGGUGCAUGUAGUUCUGGAAGAGGAGGCAACGUCACGGGAACCGAUCCCUGACCCUCUCCUGCCCACUGUGGCCAAGUUCAUCACAGAAUUCCCCCUCUUCCUGCGGACCAUCGUCCACUGCGCCAGGAAAACGGAGUACGCCCUGUGGAACUACCUGUUCGCCGCCGUCGGGAACCCUAAAGAUCUGUUUGAGGAAUGUCUCAUGGCUCAAGAUUUGGACACAGCAGCCUCUUAUCUGAUUAUACUGCAGAACAUGGAGGUCCCAGCAGUGAGCAGGCAGCACGCCACCUUGCUCUUCAACACAGCGCUGGAACAAGGCAAGUGGGAUCUCUGCCGACACAUGAUCCGGUUUCUCAAAGCCAUCGGCUCAGGGGAGGAGGAGACUCCGCCCCAGACACCUACUACUCAGGAACCCAGCUCCACUGGGGGAUUUGAGUUUUUCAGAAAUCGCAGCAUUAGCUUGUCGCAGUCGGCAGACUCCAUCGCGACAGGAAAGUUCAACUUGCAGAAGACCUUCAGCAUGCCUACUGGACCUUCUGCUAAAGGUCGGGACGCCGAGUGUGCAGAGAACAUGUACAUUGAUAUGAUGCUCUGGCGCCACGCCCGCCACCUCCUGGAGCAAGUACGCCUCCGCGACCUGGGAUGCUUCUCAGCACAGCUGGGCUUCGAACUCAUUGGCUGGCUGUGCCGCGAACGCAACCGCGUGGCUCACAUUGACGACUUUGUUUCGGCCCUGAAGAAGCUUCACAAGGAUUUUCUCUGGCCGUUCCCCGUUAUUCCUGUGGGGAGCCUCAGCUCACCACUGAAAAACGGACGGUGUCGCGCAGAUAAUUCGGAUAUUAUUUUGCCCCAAGUGCUGAGCACACAGCUGUUGAAGUCGCAGUCCGCUGACAGCCUGUUGAAUAGCGACAUGGACACAGCGCCCCCUCAGGAAGCUCCCACCAACCACACCUGGCUGGACGGAAUUGGGCAAGUGGCCAAAGACAUGGACACUGCCUCUUCUGCUCACUCCAGCCAACAUUCACCACAGACACAUGAUGCCUUCCUGUCACUGCUCACCAACAAAGUGGAGGAGUACAGCCUUGGCUCAGCCACAGACCUGACAGAGACCAGCUCAGUGGUGGACGGUGACUGGACAAUGGUGGACGAGAACUCGUCCACUCUGAGCCUGAGCCAGGCCGAGCUGGAGCACAUCUCCAUGGAGCUGGCCAACAAGGGCCCACACAAGUCACAAGUGCAGCUGAGGUACCUGCUGCAUGUGUUCAAGGAGGCAGGCUGUCUGGAGUGGUGUGUCGUCAUUGGCUGUAUCUUGCGAGACACAAAUGUGAUCAAGCAGGUGAUCAACUUCCUCGACAGCCCAGAGGUUCCACAAGAAACUGUGCAGAAUGUCCGAAAUGGCUUAUUGGCUGUUGACUCGUGGGUCGCCACUGACUGUCUGGGAUAUAGACCAUUUCUCAACCUGAUCCAGCCACAGCUUCAGCUUCUGAUGGACUCAACGUUAGAGCAGGUGCAGCCUGAGGCCUUCCAGCCCACCAGUCAGUGUUCCAAACUCAGCAGCACUGAGGGCCUGGGAGGUGCCGCUGUACCCCGGCCCGAGGACAGCAGAGGAGUCGCAGCUCCACUGGGCUUGUCCCUGCCCUCCCUGGAACCUGCAGGAGGAUUUUCUCGUCCCCCCUCUGAGGACUGUCCUCCUGAACAGACAGAGGAGCAGAGUGAGGAGGAGGCGUCCUACGAUUGCACCCUGUCCUGAAGCCAGGAGCCUCCUCUGGACUCAAAACCUGUGAUCUGAGUUAAGGGGGAGGAGCAGUGACGUGACUGGAAACAGACUAAAUUUGUGAGUGUGUGUGUGUGUGUGCGUGAGAGAGAGCGCGUGUGCGUGAGAGCGUGUGUGUAUGUGUGUGCAAACAUGCACAGAAAGUACCUCCUGCAGGUUUUUACACUCAGUAUUAUCCACUUCAGUUUUUUCCCCCUGGUGUUGACUUCAGCCCCUGUGGAUACUCGGAUACAAGAGAACAACAAAGGCAUCGCAGCACAAACAGAAACACGCUUUACUUCCUGUUUUGUUUGGGGGGGUAAAAAUCCACCUGUGUGAGUAAGUUGUGGUGUUCAGAAGCUGUAGACCAGCGCAGGAAGGCACCAGCUUUUUUUAAUUCAUAAACAGAUGUUUCAUGAGUCAUUUUUUUCUGGCAUUAUCUUUUUAUAUUUUGGGUUUAAAUGUCCAAAAAGCUUAUUUCUCUCCUUUGCCUAAAGGUCCAGUGUGUAAGAAUCAGUGACAGUAAAAGUGCAGAUGGUAACAAUAGGAAGACUCCUCUGCUCACCUCUGCCUUUCCCACGUGUGGCCUUCAUAUGAACCCGAAAGGAUGAUGAUCAUCAUUUGUUGAAAGCUUCCACUUUCACACAAAAAAAGGGAAAUGAACACUUGAAAUUGGAAAUUCACAGACAUCCAUAACAUUGUCAUCAUGUUCUAUUGAAGACCUGAAACUAGCAAUUGAGACCAUUAACCUCGCAGGAAAAUGUGAGAAAGAGGAUCAUUUUCCUGGUGACUGAUAUUAAAAUGAAUGACUCUUUGCCAUUAUACAUUUCUACCACCAGCUUGGCUCGACUCAGUUUGAUAUCAGGCACGUUGUUUUCCAUCACUAUAGUACCUCCUCAACGUGGGCGGGGUCGUCAUAGCACGAAACUGCCGUGACGUUGUUUUAUACGUAUCACAAACUGCAAGCAAAGCAGUUGAUUUCGGCGUUAACUGAAUCAUUACAAUCAGUUAAUUAAAAAGAUUAGUUCAGUACUUCCUGCAUGACCGGAGCACAGACUCUGACACAGGCACUGUCGCUAAAUACGAUUUUAGACAUUUCCUUCGCUAAAUGUUGUAGAGUAACGCACGUUUUUCAAGAUUUUUAAGUCUUUUUUGAACUGUCUACAGUUCGGCAAUGUUCGGUUUGAUUCUUGUGUUGUACGUCGCACUUACGACUCUUUCAGUGACGACACUCUGGCCAAUCAGUGGACGGCAGUCUAUUGACGUCACAUUUUAAUAUCGCUCAGCUCGCUUAGAACCUCGCCAGACCAGGUACGAGUAGAGUUGAGCCGAGCCGUGCUAGAGCUGUGUAGUAGAAAAGCACCAUAUGUCCUUUUUGCAAUCUGUGGCUGCACUAAAUAUAUUCCUACUCCCUGGUUAGACUCAAGCUUAUGUUCACUUUGUACAAAUGGUUUAUAGUUUGUGUUCAGGUAGAAACAGCCUCAGUAAAUCAAGGCCCUUGUCUAAAGUAAAUACUCAACUUCUGCUUAUAAACCCUCCUAAAUGUUACACACUGGACCUUUAAAUCAAACACUGGGGAGAAUCAGUUCUGACAAAUAACAACCUGAGAAUAUUUGAUCACAGCUUCACACAACAAUGUAGAACACAGUCCAUGUCAUGAACCAUUGUCAGGAUUCAGUCAGAGUCUACAGUGUGAGAAUGAGAGCUGUUUCACAACUGUUUCAUACCUCAUUUGACGUUUAAAAAAGAGAAAAAGGAUAUUUUUUUGAUACCAUUUUCAAAGAUAUAACAGUGUGUACAGGAUAACGUUAUUUUUCUAUCGUCCCUCUGGGGUCUCAUUAUGACAAAAAAAAGUUAAGGUGAUCCCAGUAUGAAUUGUAUGUCGUUUUUGAUAAGUGAUGAACUUUAAAGGAGAAGGUUUUACCACUAAUCACCAACUCUGUUCAUAUAUAUUUGAGUCACUCAGAGCCAGAAUCAGCCACCUGCUCUUCUCACUGUGGUUCUUUCUGAGUUUGUUUUUUUUAGCAGAAUAGAGAGCGAUGAAGUUAAAACGCAUGCUAUAUAAACCAAAUCAUAAUAAUUUAUCCAGCUUUUAAACACGCGCGCUGGUUUCUGUAAGGCCGAGAGAUUCACGAUGACUAGUCGUGUACUACACGUGAUGACACGUCUGUAUCUCGGACGAAAUCAACCAACCGUCAUUGUUGCCUUGGCUCUGGUCGUGUAAAUGCACGUUUCCUAAUCUAACUUUCACCAUGUGACCAGGACGUACAUUUCAUCCCGUCCAUCAGAACAUAUCAUAUCUCUUGAGUUUCCCUUUCCUCUGGAGACGACGGCUGGGCUUCAUGUGCUUCUGUGUGGAUUUUCUGAAUGCAUGUUGAACCACAUCCACAUUGUAUUGAUCACGGACUGACGCGUUUGGCCGACAUGUUUCCUCGUACGGAACUGAUUUUAUUGUAUUAAGUCAUUAUCACUAUUAUUUAUUGGCAUUAUAGCUGAACUGAUGAGUGAAUGGAGAAGUGCUUGGUUUGUUUUCAUGACAUUUCCCCAUUUUACGUAAUCAUAAAAAACAUGUAUUGGCUUUUUACCGUAAGCACUAAAAGGUUUGUAACAGUUACAUCAGUAUUAUCUUGUGCAAUGCAUUGAAAUGUUACUCCACUCCCCCCCUCCCCCAUUUGUUUUUCAUGAUAUACCAAAUCAUACAUUAAGUUAGCUCUGUGUACAAGUUUGACAUGCCUGUCGAUCACUUAACUCACAAAAGGGUAAAAGUGACUCUGAUGUGCUGCUGUUGUGCGUCAGUGUGAGAUAACCCUGUCGCAGCAGAACAAGCCCUGUUUGCUUUACUCAGACUUGAAAAACGGUGACUUGAUGUACCAAAGACUUGAUGUUCAGAGGCCUUCUGUCUGACUCAUUAUGCAGAGGGAACAAAAACCUCUCUUACGCGCACGCACACACACACACACACACACACACACAUCCCCUCUCUUUAGAAACAAACAGCAUAAACAAACUAAAACUGACAUGGGAGACAUGAAGCGAUUUCCCACAGAAAUAUAGUGUUUAAGACCAUUUCUGGUUGUCUCCUCUGCAGACGAGGAGCAGUCAGUAAGGUUUGUCGUGUGGUACUUGGGUCACACGUGCAAUCAAGACGUGGGCCGUGCUCCCUCCCUCUGUCCUUCCCCCUGACCCUCUCGUGUACAGUUUAAAAAGUAUUGCCUGGUCCCAGUUUCUGGGGCAGGAGCAGCAAAUAUUCUCAAUGCAGUGUAAAGAUACUCUCUUGUACAUUUGCCUUUUCUACUCAUGUUUGGUUUUCUAUUUCCAUUUUUUUUUUCUUGUACAUAAAGAUCAAUAAAUUAUUUUUA